AUGCCGCUGAUGCUGCCGCUCCUCCUGCUCCAGCAUGCGGCUCUGCCCGAGAUGAUGACGCGCGAGGAGCGGGUGCGAGCGCUCUUCCACCACGGGUACGACAGCUACAUGGCAAACGCGUUCCCGGCCGACGUGCUGCUGCCUCUCUCGUGCACGGGCAAGGACGGGUGGGGCAGCUUCUCGCUCACGCUGGUCGACACCCUCGACGCGCUCGCGCUGCUCGGGAACCGCACCGAGUUUGAGGCGCGUGUGUGGUGGGUGGUGGAGCACCUCUCCUUCGACGUGGACGAGACGGUCUCCCUCUUCGAGACGACCAUCCGCGCGCUCGGCGGCCUGCUCUCGGCCCACCUGCUGGCCGCCGACCCGCAGUUGCGCCUGAUGGAGGCGCCGUACGAUCCGCACGGCGGCCUGCUGCUCCUCGCGCUCGACCUGGCCGAGCGGCUGCUGCCCGCGCUCGACACGCCCUCCGGCAUCCCGUACGGCUCGAUCCACCUGCGCGACGGCGACGCCGCGCUCCGCGCCGCGAGGGCCAUCUGGCGGCACCGGUCGCAGCACGACCUGCUCGGCGCGCACGUCGACCUGCGGACGGGGGCGUGGACGCAGCCCGACGCGGGGGUGGGGCGCGGCAUCGACUCCUUUUACGAGUACAUGCUCAAGGCGCACAUGCUCCUCGGCGGCGCAGAGUACCUGGCCGCCUUCCACGACGCCUACCGCGCCGCCGGCCGCCACCUCAAGCACGGCGCGUGGUACAUCGACGUGCACACGUCGACGACCGCGGUGAUGGUCGGCGACCUCGAGCCGGCGGUCGACACGCUGCGCGCCUUCCACACGCUCUGGCGCCACCUGGGCGUGAAUAGGAGGCGCCACCUGGGCGUACACCCGGAGGGCUUCAACCUGGUCAACCUCGAGGUGCAGCAGGGGCAGACGGGGUACCCCCUUCGGCCGGAGCACGCCGAGUCGCUCUUCUACGCGCACCGCGCCACCGGAGGCAGCGAGUGGCUCCGCGCCGGCGCCGACGUCCUGCGGUCGCUCCAGGCUCUCGUGGUGCCGUGCGGCGUCGCCGCCCUCUCUGACGUGGUGAACCGGACAGCCGAGGACACGAUGGAGUCCUUCUUCCUCUCCGAGACGCUCAAGUACUUGUACCUGCUCUUUGACCCGGACGACGCCGUGUACACGCACGGCAAGUACGUCUUCACCACGGAGGCGCACCCGCUCCCGCUCGCGCUAGGGCUGCACAACGCCUCGCUCUUUGAGCGGCCCUCGUUCGGCUGCGCGCUGCCGACCGCGGCGCAGCGCGCCGGCGUCUUUGGGGACGAGCCGGCCGGGUCCAACACCAAGGCGCACCUCGCCGAGCACCUCGCCGGCCACGCGUCGGACGAGGCGUCGGACGACUCGCAGGUGGCGCUCGCGCCGUACCGCGGCGCCCUCCGGCUGCUCGCCUCACGGGCGGCGGUCCAGCCCGCCAAGUUCCUGCUCUGGGGGGGGGCGCCGCCAUCGGCUGCCGCGCCUCUCGCCGAGCUCCUCCGUUUGUACGAGAGCGAGGCUGCCGGCAACAAGGACGCAGCCGCACCGUCCGUGUCCAUCGCCAGGAAGUGCGCUUCUCACGCCGACUGCUUCGCCCUGGGCCUCACUGGAGAUUGCUGCCCGACCACCACCGGCGUGUACAUCGCUUGCUGCGGCAAGCCGCCGCCAGCCGGCGGCGGCCCCACGGCGGCCUCCAGCCACCCGCUGCAUGGCAUCGAUUUCGACGCCCUGAUCACGCGCCGGCCCGACCUCGCCGAGCCGCUUGCGCGCGCCAGAGACGCCAGCGUGGUUGGGAAGGGGGAGACGGCGGUGCUGCGUGUGGGGCCGGGCGGGCUGAGGCUGAGCAGCGGGCAGGAGCUCUCGGCGGAGCAGGUGGUGCAGAUGCAGGGCGUCGGCAUCAGCGCGCUCAGUCUGCCGGACCUGCUCACCGCCCUCGGGGCAGUCGACCCGGCCACGGGCGAGCCGGCCGGCGCGCUGGACGGGCACACGCUCGUGGCGCUCGCGCCGGAGGCCGCGCGGGCGAGGCCGGCGGAAUCCGCGGGCAGGCGAGGGGGGGCGGCCGAUCUCGCCGCGGGAGACCGCCCGGGCCGGCCGCGGCUGAGCGACACCGUGGAGGUCAUCAUCGGCGGGUUCAAGGACGGGGGCGACGCGCGGCGCGGCGAGGAGGCGGAGGUGGUGCAGGACGACCGCGACUCCAAGCCAUUCAUCCUGCGCUUCGCGGACGGCACGCUCGGCAGCCACUUUUACCCCGAGUCGGCGGUGCGGCUGGUGCGGCGCGGCUCCCGCCCCUCCGUCGGCGACGAGGUGGUCAUCGGCCGCAGCGGAGACCCCCGCGACGGCCAGCGCGCCACCAUCGUGCAGGACGACCAGGACACGACGCCCUACCGCCUGAAGUUUGCCGACGGCACCGUCUCGGUCUCGUUUUACGAGCAGGCGCACCCGGUGUCGGCCGCCACUGCCAAGCCGCAGCCGGCCGCGCGCCCUCCGCUCGCCGCUUGCCCCUACGAAGCGAGCGUGGGGGGGCCGGGCCAGCACCCCGCCGGUGCUCUCGCGCCGCUUAUUCCGAGAGGAACCGACCUCGACGGCUGCGUCGCCGUCGAGGUCGGAGCCGCCGGCUCGGAGCCGCCCUCGCGCGCAGCCAUCGCUGGCCUGAGCGGGUCCAUUUUUGCACAGCUCGCAGCGGAGGAGCCGCAGGAGUGCAGACGGCUCGCGGCGACGCUGGGCGGCGGCUCACCGUCGGAGCACGCGGAGGUUGGCGAGACGUGA